CUGAGUGCAAACAGACGUUAAGCAGUAUAUGCCAUACUGAACCUUUAAUAUCGUUAGUGGUUUGAUAGUGGGGAACGUAAAAUCGAACUAACUGUGUUUAUAUAUUUAUAUUACCGUGCUGCGCUGAAGGAGCAUUUUCUCUUGUUAUCUUUUCUCAAUGUAAGAAAACUACAGAACUUGUCACGAACGACGAUCAAGUCCACAUUGAGAACGUCAACAAUGGACUUCUAUCUUGUCGUCAUCGGUACACUGCUGGCGGCUAUAUGUAUGUGGAAAAUCAUAGCGGUGGCACAGACAUACAAGAAAAACAUAGCGUUAUAUCAUCAGAAGAAAAUCCAGCCAAUCGGAAAGUAUCAUCCUAUAUGGGGACAUCUUUACCUGUUUUCAGGUUUUGACGAAGUCAUAGAUCUUUGCUCCAAGGUAGCCGGCCAAACAAAAGCCCGCAUCGUAUCAUACUGGAUAAUGGGUUUCUUUCCCGUCUUGUGUGUUUGUCAUUCUGCGACAGCUAAAGUCGUUCUGAAGUCUUCAGAACCAAAACCUAAGCACCCGGGUGGGGGCUACAACACCGUAAUGGGUUGGUUAGGUGACGGAUUACUUCUCAGUGAGGGUAAGAAGUGGGAGAGAAAUCGACGUCUAUUGACACCAGCAUUCCACUUCGAUGUACUCAAACCUUAUGUUUCCAUCUACAACAAAGUCUUCGAUAUUUUCUUGGAUAAGUUGGAGAAGGCGACAUCGUCCGGUAGUAGUGUGGAGAUCUAUAACUUGGUAAGCCUGGCAACUCUUGAUACCAUGCUGCGCUGUUCUGUUUCAUACGAUGGUAAAGUCCAACAACAGGGAUCAAACCACCCAUACGUCGAGGCUGUACGAACACUUGGCCACCUAUCACAAAAGAGAGUAAUGUCACCUUGGUACUGGCUGGACUUCAUAUAUUAUAUAUCCCCAUCAGGCAGGGAAUACUCAAAGUAUGCUAGCUACGUACAUGACUUCGAUGAAAAGGUUAUUCGCGAAAGAAAGAAAUUGUUGACAGCCGAUCCGUCAGUUCUCAAAAAGCGCCAUCUAGAUUUCCUUGACAUUCUUCUGACCGCCAAAGAUGAGCAGGGUAUUGGACUCACGGAUCGUGAGAUCAGAGACGAGGUGGAUACCUUCCUGUUCGAGGGGCAUGAUACAACCGCUUCAGCUAUCAGUUGGCAGAUCUACAUGCUCGCAAAGCAUCCCGAGGAACAACAGAAAGUGUACAACGAAGUGAAGAGAGUUCUAGGAGACAGACAAGACGUCGAAUGGUCUGACAUCCAAGAGUUCACCAGAAUGUCUCUGUUUAUAAAGGAGUCGUUGAGAAUGUAUUCUCCCGUGCCCGGCAUAGCAAGAGUGACCACACGUGACAUGGAUUUAGAUGGCGUGAAAAUUCCGAUUAAUACGGAAGUCAACAUUUUCAUACACGUCUUAAACCAUCUGGAAGAAUCGUGGACCAAGCCGGAGGAGUUUCGUCCAGAUCGCUUUGCUGAGGAUUCCGAGAGAGAUCCCUAUGGUUAUGUGCCGUUUUCUGCAGGACCAAGAAAUUGCAUAGGCCAGCACUUUGCCUUGGAUGAACAGAAGGUGGCGCUAGCCAAACUGGUUCAGCGAUUCCGGGUACUUCCUGAUCCUAACAAUGUACCGAUUCCGAAUAAAGAAGUUGUGACUCGCGCUAAAGAUGGAAUCUACAUAAAACUAGAAAAACGAUGAUUCUAUAAAACCAAAUUGACACUAUCGCAUUGCCUAUAUUUAACCAGCAAUGGGAUGUAUAUAAUCACAUGCAAGUACUAUACUUGCCAAAAUCACUUCUAUCAAAUAAUAUAUGAUUUUAGAAUGCAAUGUCUACUAUGAUUUUACUUCUGCAGUUUCGUCAACAUUCACAAACAGUUGUAAAGAGAUUAUACAUACUGCGACGCCAUUUCAAAAUAGAAAAGGAUGUUUUCGAGCCUAAUAUGUACUGUUUAUGUGACUCUGGUUUGUAGAUAACAAUCACACACCAACCACAUAAAGAAUGUGUAGAUUACUACAUAAAGAAACAAAAAAUAUUGCAUCAUAAUUCUUCACAGAUGACCUAGUUCUACUCGAGCCAUCAACAUUAAACGUUCAGAUUUAAAUUAGCCACGUAAGUUAAUUGUGUAACAACUGGAAGCUAUCCGAGAUCCAUACUGGAUCAAACAUUGUGUAUUUUCGCCAUUCUGUUCAGCAAGUUCAUGUUUACAUCAUGGGAACCAGAAACUUAAUAUUUUGGGAAAAUACAAAAACCACGAUAUAUGGUCUGAUAUCUCAUCUUUAUUUCCUCCAAAUUGAAGAGCAUGAUAAUACAUAAUGAAUACAUACAUUGCUUAACAAAACUCGUUGAUUCCCUAGUCCAACCUAUUGUAUUACAUGACUCAUCAAUCUGGGUCAGACGUAGCACAGAUUGAUUAAUAACAUUCAAAACCGUGCAAUGAGACUUUUUUCUCGGCGUAAGUAGACGUUUACCAUCAAAUAUUUCGAACCACGGUAAAAUGGGACUGUGUUCUUGUCUACCAGAACAGCGAUUAGACGUACACAGACUGUAUGUCCAUCUAGAAAAAAGGGAAAAUAAUAAAGUAUUGUAUAAAAUGAAUAAGUGGUCUUCUCGUCGUGAUAACGUAUGGGAAGACAGAGCCCGAAACAAGCCGUGAGGCUUAAUAUUACUGAUUGCCUUACGGGUAUAGGAUCAUUUUGAUAUAAAUGGCGGAUGAAUCAUAGCAAAUUUAAAGGAUAAUAAAACUCCAGAUCAUUACGUUUAGUGUAAUUUGUCAAGAAUGUUUUUUCGAAGCACAUUGGCAAAAUUGAGCUUGAUGGCGUCCCUUUUAGUCAGAAUUGCGGCGUAUCCAGAUAGAUUCCUUACGCCUUGGACAGGUUGCCAUUGCUGUCUAUUAUUUCGUAAUAUACCCCAGUCAACCUGGAAUCUGUGACUUUUUUUCUGUCUGACCUAUUGUAUUUCUUAUAGACAAUUUGACGUUCCUUAAUCGAUGAUUUAAUCUAAACACGUUCUAAAUUUACGCUAUCGUCUCUCGAAAACAAAACAAAUAUGUAAAUGCUGUAAGUAGACUGGCGUCCACCUGUUAUUACGCUUUGGAGGGUCAUAUAUUCUUAGGUCAUCUGUGGUCAGUUAACACAUUUUGUAACAAGAAACCAUGAUUUAUUUUGUAUAUUAUCACUCUCCUCCUUAAAUCAAUAUUUAAAUAAAGUUUGAUUUAUUCG